AUGUGCGCUUCAAAUCCAGAAUCAGUUAUGUAUUUAGGUAAUGCUCAAAGGCCAAAUUAUAGUAAUGCCUACUACAUGAAGUGGCAUACUCAGCUGUGGAACACCCAACAACAACAAAUUCAGCAACCACAGGAUCAAGGGAAUCAGUCAACUAGCAACAUGGAAGAAAUAUUGAAGCAGCUCCUAGCUAGUCAGACACAAUUGGCUGCAGACAUAAAAAAUUCACAUGCUGCUCAGACAAGCUUAAAGAUUCAAGUAGGGAAGAUACAACAAACAUUAAAUACUAGGCCACAAGGUAGUUUGCUAGCAGAUAUAAAAAAUCUAAAGCAGGUUAUGGCAAUCACCUUGAGGAGUGAGACAGAUGUUGCUGAACUAGAAAAGAAACAAGUGCUGCCACUACUCUUUCCUCAAAAGCACAUGAAAACGAAGGAGGAUGCAAUAUUUAAGAAAUUCUUUGACAUAUUCAGAGGACUUCAGAUUAACUUACCUCUGUUAGAUAUUUUACAGGGUAUGCCCAAGUACGCUAAGUACUUGAGGGAUGUGGUUGAUAAUAAGGUGAAAUUACAGGAUGUGGGAGUGAUAACACUUACUGAAGAGUGUAGAAUUGUAAUGACACAGAAAAUCCCUAAGAAAUUGAGAAAUCCAGGAAAGUAUACUCUCCCUAUCCAAAUUAGGAGUAAAAUGGUCCGUGCAUUGAGUGACUUAGGGGCAAGCAUAAAUUUGAUGCCCCUAUCUCUGUUUGAAACAUUGGGAUUAGAAAAGACUAGAUCGACCAUUGUGGUUUUGCAGCUCGCAGACGGAUCCAUGGUAUAG